UGUCACAUUAUGCGUCUCAUUGUGUCUUUGUGAUGUUGAGGAGUAUAAAUACAGCCCUCUCAGUGUUCACACACACACACUCAUUCCUUCUGCAGACCUACGAACUGAGUUCUCAGAGAAAGAAGCUGCGCCAGGUUGACUUUUUAAACUUUGCGCAAGUGGAUUGUUCUUGAGAAGAUUGCAAGCUCUCAACCAAGACUUUGCGGGAACAACUUUAAGAUGGAUUCUGAUGCAAGCUCCACAUGCAGUCGGUCUUCUUCACCCGAGCUGGCUGUGCACUCUAGCUUUUUCUCCAACAAGGUGUUUCAAGCUUACUGCACAGAUAGAGAAAAGGGGCAGCCCAGGCCUGAAAAAUCACCACAGAGCACCGGAUCUGGCGGAAAGAGCCGCGCACGGGCCGAUCUCUCCAAAGACGGCCUGCAAGAUCUACGUCUCAAAGUGAACAGCCGCGAGCGCAAACGCAUGCACGACCUCAACCAGGCCAUGGACGGGCUGCGUGAGGUGAUGCCCUAUGCACAGGGCCCGUCUGUACGCAAGCUGUCCAAAAUCUCCACCCUGCUCCUCGCCAGAAACUAUAUCCUCAUGCUGUCCAGCUCUCUGGAGGAGAUGAAGAAGCUAAUAGGUGAUGUUUAUGGAGCCAGAGGUCAGAGUCACUCGGCUAGACGGGUUCUACCACCAACUUCGGCUGCUCCGGCAUCCCAGUUGUCGCUGCUCUCGCUUGCCCCGUCUCUGCACUCUCUGGUGGGCAGCACUUCCCAGCACACCUCCACACCGACUAUGGCCCAAGCCCCUCAUUCUCCACCCUCGGCUGGCUAUCUGGGUUUCCCUGCUCCACCUCUUCCCACCCUGCUGAAAGACCCUCUGCAUCUCUCCAGCGGCUACAGGCAUUUCCCCGGCAUGCCUUGCCCCUGCUCCCUCUGCCAGCCUCUCCCUGCUUCCACAGCCAGCUUGCACAGCCUCUCCAUGGGGAAGUGAUUCAGGCGAGGCCCAGGCUCAAGGGAUGGAGCAGGCCGAAGUUAAAAUACGGACUCAAGAAGAACUGAAAGCAUCUGGAUGUGUCUCUAGAUGUGUUGUAAACUUUGUAAAUGUCCUGUACAGAAUUUCUUUUCUAACAAGCUGCUGCUAUUUUUAUAUCAAAGAAUGUUUUGUACUGUUAUAGCGUUUUUGAAUAGUCACUGUAUGAACAUAUGUGCUUGUAUGUUCUUUGUAGCAAAAUGGCAAUUGAAAACGUAUAGUUUUGUUU